AUGCCUGGAUUUGCGGAUUCCUUUUGGACACCCGACUACGCUACGGGUCUGGGUGUGCUCUAUGGGAAACUGCAACAAGGCGUUGUUGAAAACAAACAGAUCCUCACGAUUGCCUCUAUGCGUGCGGAUGCGGAGGAUCAAUAUGGUAGUAAGUUGGGAGAUAUCGCCCCGAGCGUGGAUCGGAUGACAAUGGGGUUUGCAAAGGAUGAUGGAGCCAGCGUGAGAAAGGCCUACGAAGGGAUCCGUACAGAAAUGGUUGAGGCGUCUAAGAAUCACCAGAAAAUCUCAUCCAAUAUACGCGAAUUAGUCGUUUCGCCAUUUCGACGCUGGUGCGACCAGCACGAAGCACGUAUCCAGAUAUCCCAUGAUGACCUCCAGGCUCGUAUCAAGGAGCAUACCAAGCAAGUUGAGUUGGUGAAGAAGCUGCGGAGCCAUUAUUUCAACAAGUGCCGUGUGCUAGAAGAUUUGGAGGAAGAGAACAAACUUGCCUUCCAGGCCCCUGAAACUAGCCCAAAGGCUAAUUCAACCCCUAAGAUUGUCCUUCCAGAGGAACAAGCACCCGAAGAAGAACCGAUCGAAAUAGGUGAUCGCAUCUACUCACCAGACGAUAUCAAAAAUCUUUUGCUGCACAUGCUUGAUAACAUUAAGUUGGGUGAGGUCAAGGUGCCUAUCAUCGGAACAUACCAGAACACAUCUACCGGCGCGGAUAUAGUGGAAUACACCCAAAGGUAUAUGAAUGCAACUACCAUCACGUAUGCGGAAAGGAUAGGACAAGAUCUUGUCGAUGGCGGAAUUCUCCGAUUAGUCGGCAAUAUGGGCAGUAACUUCACCAAUAGCUCCAAAAUGCGAUACCAAUGGCGCCCUAAAGUAUUUCAGAUCACGGGUAUCCCCGAAAAGAAAAAGCCAUUGAUGCGCGUGACCUCUAUCGCGUCAAGUGAAGAUGGCAGUGAAUCUCCUAUAUCCUCUGUCUCCGAAAUGCUCGCAGGAUGGAACCCGCUCAACAACCCGUACCCGAACGAGACUCCAGCAGAGAAGCUGCGUAGAGAAGCACGCGAGGCUGACGAGCGAUAUAAGGCCGCUAUACGGAAACUUGAUCAAAUUCGCUGCAAGCUUGAAGAAGAGAUUGUAGAAAAUCUUCGCUUCAUGGAACAGUGCGAGCUAGACCGACUAAAAGCCAUCAAGGCCGUUGUUCUUGAUUUUUCUGGCGCGGUCAGCAAUGUUAUCCCAAACCUGCAAAGCACGGUGGACCAUAUGAUGUUGUACCAGGAAACGAUCCAGCCUCUUGGAGACCUCCGCUAUCUCCUUGAGAACUACCGCACAGGAGGGUUUGUGCCCCGGGUCCAAGCCUAUGAGAACUACUAUGGCUCUGUGGAAGAUCAAAACUUCGGUGUGGACCUCGAGGCUAGAGCAAGAGCCGAUCGCAAACGGGUCCCUAUACUCGUGACUACGAUUCUAACUUACCUGGAUAACCGGUACCCUGAGCUCGAGGGUGAUGAGGCACGACGCGCCAUCUGGCUUUAUGAUGUUCCCUUAGCAGCAACGCACCACCUCCGCAAUGUCUUGAACAACAGCAAGGCGGAUUAUAAAGAGUUGCUACCAAAGUACGAGAUACCUAUUAUUGCAAGCGUCCUGAAAUUGUAUCUUCUUGAACUGCCAGACUCUCUUGUUUCUUCUCAAGUUUACGAAAUUGUAAAGACAAUCUAUUCCACAACCGCCCAUGAGACGACUGAAGAGGGACGAAUCAAAGUUUUACAGAGCACGCUUGGGCAACUUCGUCUCAAUAACAUAGCCACGCUUGACGCCGUUAUGACACAUUUCACACGCCUGGUAGACCUCACGUCUGCUGACGAAGUAUACGUUUCUGCACUUGCUUUGGCAUUAGCACCUUGUAUCCUCCGUCCACGUACGGAGAGCAGUCUUACGAUGAAUGAGCGGCACAGCUAUCGUCUGCUUCGAGACCUGUUCUCUCACAAGGACGCCAUUUUUGGCGAGUUGAAGAGGCAGUCAAGCGGGCUUGGAGCCGGGACUUCAAACAACCGUCCUCGUGCUAUUAGCACUGACGAGAGCAAUCGCCGCGCAGCCAUGGAAGCCCGCAACCGUGCUAUUGUAGAUAGCACGCGCGCCAAUAGCCCGGCACCUCCGCGGAAACAUCGCCGUGACCGGUCCAGUGGUGCUUCGGAGGUUGGACGGUUCCCUGUCAAAGUCGCCAGCCCGACGGACAGAAGAAACAUCGUCCGAAAUAGCCUGGACGUUCCCAGCAGCAAUAGCUCCCAGACGGGGCAUGAGCAGUUGUCUACUGUGAACAUACAUGGCACGGAGCCGGUUACCAACGGUGCUUCGAGUGACUCUCAAGUUUCUGUCCCUGCAAGUGGAACCGCCUCCGGUACAUCUAGCCCACCACUGCCAGCAGCUACGUCAGAGGAUUCUCCUACACCAACGCCCACCCCAGCUCAUGAUGCCGAGGAACGCAAUUCACACCGUUCCAGUGUCAUGUCCACUCGCAAGCCUGGUCUAGGCAAUAGGUCCAGUUUUCCCACUACUGUUAGUAGCGAAUUGGGAACCGGUAGUGAGAAAAACAGUGUGGCUGAGGGCGAGCCAAAAGGUGUCACUCUAGAAGACAAGCCAAUGGACGAUUAG